UCCUCCCGGCCCCGGUAGAACACGCUCCUCGGCGCUCAUUGGCCCCUGUCUCCUGAGUCCUCCCACCAAGCUCCCGGGCGCCAGUCCCAGGCUGAGGGGACGGGCCGGGCACCCCAAGGCUGGGGCCGGAGGGUGAGACCCGGAGAGACGGAGCGAGGCAGAGACAGAGAUAGACAUGCGGAGAGGGAGCGAGGGAGAUAGAGGAAGGGCGGAGAGACACUGAGAGAGAGCGAGGGAAGGAGGGGAGAGACAGGGACCCAGACCCGCGAGCCGGGGAGCCCGGGGCGCGGGCGCGAAGGCACCGAGGCACGGGCGAGCCCCGGAGCCCGGCGGGGUAGGCGAGCAGGCGGCCGCCCCCCGCCCCCCGCCCCCGCGCCCCCUCCCCUCGCCGGCGCGGUAUUUUUAUCUGUGCGUGAACAGCCCUCCUGCUCCUCCCCGCCGCACUCAGCCCGCUGUAGCCGCGGCGCCCUGAGCAGCGCGCCUGGACCGCAGCCCCGGACCCCGCGGCGCGCGCCCCGCCCACCGCCCACCCGCCCGCCAUGGACCCCAAGGACCGCAAGAAGAUCCAGUUCUCCGUGCCCGCGCCCCCCAGCCAGCUCGACCCCCGCCAGGUGGAGAUGAUCCGGCGCAGGAGACCAACCCCUGCCAUGCUGUUCCGGCUCUCAGAGCACUCCUCGCCAGAGGAGGAGGCCUCACCCCACCAGCAGAGAGCCUCAGGAGAGGGGCACCACCUCAAGUCGAAGAGAGCCAACCCCUGUGCCUACACACCCCCCUCGCUGAAAGCUGUGCAGCGCAUUGCUGAGUCUCACCUGCAGUCCAUCAGCAACCUGGGUGAGAACCAGGCCUCAGAGGAGGAGGAUGAGCUGGGGGAGCUGCGGGAGCUGGGCUACCCAAGAGAGGAAGAAGAGGAGGAGGAGGAGGAGGACGAGGAGGAGGAGGAGGACGAGGACGACAGCCAGGCUGAAAUCCUGAAGGGCAGCAGGGGGUCUGCUGGGCAGAAGACUACUUGUGGCCAAGGUUUGGAGGGUCCCUGGGAGCGCCCGCCUCCUCUGGAUGAGCCCCAGAGAGACGGAAGCUCUGAGGACCAAGUGGAAGAUCCGGCAUUAAAUGAACCUGGGGAGGAGCCACAGCGCCCUGCUCACCCUGAACCUGGCACAUAGGCACCAGCCCUGCAUCUCCCAGAAGAAGUGGCGAGGGCAUUGCUGUUCCCCAGAAACUCACUCUGUCCCCACCCUACUUUGUACCCUUCCCCUCACUUGCUAGGGCUGCGGCUUCUGACUUAGAAGACUAGGGCUGGUCUGUGUUUGCUUGUCUGCCCACCUUUGGCUGAUGCCCAGAGUCCCUGGGCACUUGCUGCCUGAUGCCUACCCCUGCCAGUCAUUCCGCCAUUCACCCAGUGGGUGGUGGGAUGUGAGAGAGCUUGCAUUGGGAAAUCCAGUAAAUGGGGGACAAAGGUUCAUCCUUCACAAGUCUACUCCCCAGACUCUCUCCCCUGGGCACAGGAAACCCACAGGGCAGGACCCUAAGAUCUGGGGAAAGAGGGUACUGAGAACUUUAAGUGCCCAUAGAUCCUUCUCCAUCCCCUGGGGAAUUCCAAGUCACCACCCCUCUCACUGGUUUCUACCAGGGCCCAGGAUUCAGGCAUCCUUUCCACAAACUCAACAUUUUGGAAAUCUCCCCCUUAUCAACUGCUCCCCAUCCUGGGUGCCUGGAAGAUGGACUGGCAGAGGCUGCUUUGUUGCAUUUUGUUUGUGCUUUGAUGCCAGGAAUGCCGCCUAGUAUAAGUCCUUAGGGGGGCACAUGGUGGGGGAGCCAGGCUCUCCUUGUCCUCCAGCUGCUCUGCCCCCUUCCCUUCUUCCCUGACUCCAGGACUGAACCGCUCCCAUGCUGUAAUAAAUCUUUGUAAAUAA